CAGGACCUUUAACAACUCAUAAUACAUCAACGACAGGACUUUGAACAACGCCAAUCGACCAUCCGGCCUACCGCCUCGGAGCCGUUCGAAUUAGCCCCAGCCCAUAAUAUCGUACACAAUUCCGCCUAUUAACCACAUACCCACCUGGCGAUGCGAUCAGGAGGCAUUUUCUACAUUAUAAAGAACGGAAAGACCAACACAAACAUAUAAUCACUCAUUACACUUCGAAAGUCUCGCAAACACAGCCAACAUGAAUCGCACAGCCCGACCGUACCCGCCCGCUCGGGAUUCGUACAUGAGCAACAGUAGUGCCAUGACCGAUUCAAGCCAAUCGACGGUCAUGACAGACAUCUGGGAUCACGGCAAUGGGCUUACAAGUCUAGGAUCCCCCGGUAAAGCAGGAUGGAGGACGUCACAGAUCGGGUCCCAUCGCAACUACGGAUACGGCGCCUCGGCCUCCUCGAGACCGUUCUAUAAGCGGGCCAGCACGAACAUUACCAUACCCGACGAGUCACCGGAAAAGAAAGACAAAGCACCUCUGCUGGAAGAGGUCGAGGAAGCCGCAGAGGAUGACGCAGAUACGGUGGUAGAAGAAGACCUGGAGGGAUCUGAGAGGAUGAAGCACUUCCCGGAAGCGGAUGAGGAAGUGACGAUAACCUUCGGUCAAGAUACAGGCGAGAGCAAGACCAAGGCAGAGACGUCCCCCCCUAAACCAUUGUUUGGGGGAACGACAUCCUGGACUAGCGGUUAUCCCACCUCUCCGUCUAUUCGCGGGUCUAUCCGAUCACGACCCGCAUCGACCCUGUUCUACAAGCCAGUCGACGCGGAGACCUCUUCUCCUCUCCCCGAUCGCCAAGCUCUACGAGAAUCGCCCAGAAGGGGGAGUCGGACGAGUCAUAUCGCCGCAGCCCUCGAGGCGCUCGAAUCAAAGGCUGCCUCUAGCUCCGAGGGAACUCUCCCGACGACGCCUACCCGGUCGAAGCCUUCGAAGCGAGUCAGCUCGACGAUCCAGUCAAUCAGCAAAAGCCGAACUGCUGAUCAGGAUGCCGAGACGCCUGCUUCGGGCAUGAAGGCCUCUCCGAGCAUUAUGGCACUAAGGAAUACGGGGGGAAUCAAGAAUCGGAUCAGUAUGAUCGAGCAGACUAGCGAGGGUCUCCCGCCAACAGAUGCGUUCGGGAUCACGCCUGGUCCAAGGCAAAUCAUCGCGACGACCGCUUCGUACGUGCCAAAGUCGCCUGUACCAAGCUUGCGGUCCCCUAGUCAACGGUCAUCCAGACUGCUCGAGAGAUCGUUGUCACGCCGAACGACGAUUACAACCCAGUCUCGUGCAGGAGCAUCGUCUUUCGCUGAUUUCAUCGAAGGUGAAGAGUCAGCCGGUUCAGACAUGACCCUGGCGAAAGACGAUCGUGUUGCCGACCCGCUAAACCUCCAAUCACCUGUCGAGACGUAUGAAUCCUUUGGCGUCGAGUCGUUUUACGGCGAAGGUUCCCGGUUGGAUGCCGAUAAGGGGGACCUAGUUGAGAGAGAGGGCGACAUCAGGUCAGGCAGCCUGCUCAUCACUCCAAGCGGAAACUUAAUCAACCUACCUCACGUAGCUCCUCUCAACCUUCAUCGGCCAGCAAGCUCGAUAGCCAGCGCGAAUUGGCGAGGCGAACAGGAUAAAAUCAGGUUGAAUACCGUCCGCGAAUUUGACGUGAUGACACCCGAAUUAUCCGACCAGGGCACUCGAUCGACAGAGCAGGGCCAAUUCCAACUGCUGACGCCGACCUUGUCGGAUACGAAUAAGGCGCACGAUCUACCUCAUACACCUCCUCGGGAAGAGGACGCAAAGACCGUAUCACCGUCUCAUUUCUCCACUAGCAAAUCUUUGCGAAGACGAGCCAGGGUACCUCCACCAGAGUUGACGCCAAAAACCGCUGCGACAAGCGUGUUCCGGGCGCCUUCGACGAAGACAGUCAGAACCGCUGCGUGGAUACAAGGGACUACCACAGACCCUGAUACCGAGAAUAUUGACCCUGGAAAUGCGAUCGGACUGGAGACGGCAGGUCAUGCGAAAGCCAUGAUCGACCGGUUCGAGGCUCAAGCCGGAAUCGAUGAUGGUCUCGCAAGCGCAGCCAAAUCUCUACCUUCGACACCGAUCAAGCGAUCAGCUCGGCAGAUAGGUUUAGGGACACCACCAGUGAGAGGGAACCAGACGGAAUCUCGAAUCCCAAGCGGAAGGACUGGUAUGCGGGGAGAACUAUCCGGCUCGUACGCCAAUAACCGCAACAAGCCAUUACCAGCAAUUUAUCCGUACGAAAGUCAGCGAGACGCAGGUUUGAGACCGCCCGAACGAACUUGGACGAGCGAGGAAGUUGUGAUCCCCGUAUCACCACCGCGCGUGAACGGAAAGAGCUCGUCUCCUUGGAAUGCAGGCCAUUCGCCGCUAAAGGGAAUCGGCAAAAAAGGCAAGAGUCCCCUCAAAGACUUUAUGGGCAGGUUGCAUGACGUGCGGAACAAGGUCAAGAGCGAAGUGGGGCGAAGACGGGCCGGAACGCUCGAGAAAGUCAACAAGACCCCGUCAUGGGUCGUACCCGCUUAUAGAGCUGGCGGAGGGACUGAUCCCGUCGAAGAUGUGUUUGGAAACAUGUCCCCUCUCCCUCCCAAACCCACGGAGAAGGAAGCCGAGAACGGCUUGGGACCAGACGUCGGUGUCGCUCACAGCGUGCUCAGCAGCAGCGUAACGCCGUCUCAAACGGCUCCGUUAGUGCGAGAUCGGAUGGGAGACGCGGAAAUGCAGAUUGAAGCGCCUCUACAGGAGAUGCCCCAGCCUGUGCUCAGGCAAUCGACCGGCUUUUGCUUACUACCCCCGCCGUGCUCUACGACCGACACGAUCGGCUCCUGGAUGCCCUCGGAUCUGAUGUUGACGAGCGGAGCGUUGAGUGUCAAGCCAGCCUUUGAACAAGAUGCCUGGCACUUCGAAACACAAGAAUGCUCCGAUAUCAGGUCGCUCUCCUCGAGACAAGCCAUAGAACAAGGCAUCCCGCCCGUCUUUACCGAAGACGGCAAUCAAGCCGAUAUCCUGGAACUCAGUUUCGGCGAGAACUCUCCUCGACGGUAUAUAGCUGUGGAGGGGCUCGCGAAUCGCCUAGGCUGGGUCAGCGCUUUAUGGGAUGCGAUACUGGCAUCGCAGCGCAGAACGGACAGUGUAGCUACGAGCGACAGACAUACACAAGGAAACAGCGUAUUCUACACGCCGUUUGCGAUGGGGCUACAAUCGAGCGGUCCCUUGACCAUACGAAAUCGCGAUGCUACGCCUGCCAGCAUCAGCACGCUCAGAAUGGCUUCCGACUCCACCCCACGCGCCUCUCCGCGAAUGGCUUCUGCGCUUAGAAACAGCGUCCAAGGUAUGUUCGAAACGCCCGUCGAAGGACGGACUUUGGCGGAUCUCAAUGGAGAAAACGUGGAAGAUCCCACCGGCGAACUCGGUCUCUACAGAUCCCAUACCCCUAUCCCGGCUGAACGAGAAUUAUCGCUGUUCAGUCGGACGCGGUCAAUCGCCAGGAGGAAGAGCACAUCGACUUCCAUUGCCGGGAUGGUACCCAGUGCUGCUGAUGGAUCGGAAGGGAUCCCGAGCUUUGACGAGAGUGACCUCAAUCCUUCACGGUCGGCGUCUCAAUGUGCUAGACCUGUGCGAUCCGAGGUAGAAUUUGUUCCACAAUCUCAUCAAGCGGCUCCUACUCGUGCGCGUUAUCCUGGACGAGCGUUACCGCAGCCGAAGAUGCCCAGUUUACUAGGGCCUCGACCUGGUCCUCGUGGAAUACCUCCAACUGUCGGUCUGGAUACUGCUCAGACGGGGAACAAGAGCGAACUAGAGUCUUCAGCACCGCAAGAGCUUACAGCCAGGAACAAGGAUCUGCCACCCCAACCGGAAGAAGUUCACGAUGAGACGGAACAGCCGCAUGGCGAUAUAGCAGCGAAAACCGAGGAAGUCAAGGAACCGACCAAAGGGAGUCAUAUCGAGAUGCCAGAACUCGCUGGCGACGAUGUGGUUCCUGUACCAGAAGCACCUGUUGAGGUGGAGCUUCCCGUACUAGAGAUGGCUGUCGAGAGAGAGGUCCCCGCACCGGAGGUCACCCAAGCGGCUGACAUCGCCGCGACAGCCACUGACCCCCCUGCUGAUGGUGAAGAAGGUGCCCCUACUCAGCCCGCCAACCCAGACGCAGAAGAGUCGGAAGAAGCGGAUGUUCCUGCCGAGGAAGAACAAGUCGAUCUACCAACCAAGACCGACCUAGACGCGCAAUUGGAGACCGUCCGGGCUGAAGCUCGAUUCGCGUUUUCUCAGUCUAAGCUUUUACAAGAACAGACUGACGCGAUUCGAACGCAAGCCGAGGCUGUCCGUGCCCUGUCUCCUCUGGUCACCAAAGUUGACUCGGUUCACCUGGACAUCAAGGAGAUCCAAAAUUCUCUGCAGAUCGCGGCGCUCAGCGCUCUGAAACAAGCUGAAACGCCGCCACUGGAUCUUGAUGCCAUACAUGACAAGCUAGAUGCUCUAGCGCUAGCUUUGAGCAAACAAGCUAUUUCCGAAUCUCGUCCAGAGGAACCGGUCAGCGAGAACAAAGCGACGACGGGUCCUGUCCCAGCGGCUACUCCAGCGGAGGCGAACGCACCAAGCUCGAUCGCUACAGCUGUAGCUGAUGAAGUGCUGAAAACGUCGAUCACGGAAAUGGCGGAGGGUCAGACAGCCUUGGCAGAUCAGGUGAAGGAGGUUCUUUCUGUAGUCGAAGGUAUACAGGCCGCCCGAGCAGCACAGACCCAGCAGACCGCGGACAUGGCCAAAUAUCUUGGCCAGCUCAACGGAUGGCUGGAACAGUUCGUAAUCGGAAGUACGAAAGAGAUGCAAAACGUGACCGGACGGUUAGACAGGCUCGUGAAAGAGCUUGCGCCUGAACCGACUCCCGCGCCAGACGGAGGCGAACCGCCGGCUCCUGCCAGACAAGGUGUCGCAUCUCUGGUCACACAGGUUCACGACUUGAUGCUUGAGCAGAAGCAAAGGACCGAUGAAGACGCCUCGACCGCUCAAAGGGUCGACAACUUGCUCAAUCAGAUGGUCGAGGAUCGAAACAGCUGGACAACGUCACUCGACACCGUCCGCCAAGAGAAUGAACAACUUCUUCGCGCCAUGGCAACAGAUCUCACGAGCGAAAUCCGAGGAGAACGUCUGCGUUUCGUCGAGGCCAUGCGGGAGGCAACCAGCGUGAACGUCAGCCUCCACAUCGAAGAGUUCAAGAACAUGCUCAACACGGAAGUCUCCCGAAACAUGCAAGAGCUCACCCAGAUGCGGGAACAGAAGCGGACGCUCGAAUUGCAACUGAGUGACUACUUUGCUCUCAUGGCAAAGACCAACAAGGCAUCGGAUGGCGCGGGCUUGAAGCCGAUAUUACCGGGAACUACGCCGAGGGUCAAGUCGCCUCUGCCUCUUCCACCUACAAGCCCGCAACAACAGGCUUGAGCUGGCUCGUCAUAGCGACUUGCAGCUUCACGACCAAAUCCUUUGAUUUCGUUCCUUUUGCAUUAUCUAUUUCCAUGGCGAAUCAAUUUAUGGUCUGCUCUCCUAGUC